AUGCAGGAAAUUCAAGGACCCGUCGGCCAAGGCGGCCCCAGUGCUCCUGGGAACCGCUUCGGCCACGCUUCCAAGCCUUCCAACAGCGAAACUGGCUUCUCUCACGGAGCUUUCACUUCCAACAUCUCUGGCUUCGCUGACAGACACCCCCGUCGUGGAAACAUUCCCACCAUCAACACUCAGCCCCUGAACCACCUCCAGCAUCAGCACCAGCACCAGCAGGCGCCCCCUUCCGCCGCCGACAUGGCCACUCCUGGCACCGCUUUCGACAUGCAGUUCACGCCUCUUCUUCCCUCCCAGCUGUUGCUCGGAAGCCCCUUCCAGCCUGGAACCCCGGCGGCCUUCGCUAGCCCUCAGUUCCAGAACCUGCAGAGCUUCCAGCAAGCUCAGCACCAGAGCCAGCAGCAGCAGCAGCACAAUGGUCUGCAGAGCCCUGUUCAGCAGAACAUGUCUCCUCAGCAAUACCAGGCCAUGGUUUCUCCUUCGACCUACGGUGCCCCCCAAUUCUUCCAGCCUCAGUCUCCGACCGGUGGUAGCUUCAACAACAUGCAGAUUCCCAUGCAGCCCAGCUCCCCCGUUUCAAUGGGCCCGGGUAUGGUCACUGGCACCAGCCGCACCGUCUACCUUGGCAACAUUCCCCCUGACACCUCUGCCGAGGAGAUUCUGGGUCACGUUCGUAGCGGACAAAUCGAGUCCGUCCGUCUUCUGCCCGAUAAGAACUGCGCCUUCAUCUCCUUCCUCGACGCUAGCUCCGCAACCCACUUCCACUCUGAUGCCAUCUUGAAAAAGCUCUGCAUCAAGGGCCAGGACAUCAAGGUUGGCUGGGGCAAGCCUUCGCAGGUUCCUACCUCUGUGGCUCUGGCUGUUCAGCAGUCGGGUGCUUCCCGUAACGUUUACCUAGGUAACCUGCCGGAGGACAUUGCCGAGGAGGAGCUUCGCGAGGACCUUGGAAAGUUCGGUGCUAUUGACACGGUCAAGAUUGUUCGUGAGAAGAGCAUUGCCUUCAUUCACUUCUUGUCCAUUGCCAAUGCGAUCAAGGCUGUUUCCCAGCUUCCUCAGGAGCCCAAAUGGCAGGCCCCUCGUCGCGUUUACUACGGCAAGGACCGAUGCGCCUACGUUUCCAAGACGCAGCAGCAGAACGCUGCUCAAUACCUGGGAAUUGCGCCUGGCUAUGCGCACAUGCUUACUGGCGCAGACCGCGACGUAAUCUCCAAUGCGCUGGCCCAGCAAUCUGUUGCCGCAGCUGCCGUUGCAACGACCGCUGGUGGCAUCAACAACCUCGGAAACCGCACCAUCUACCUGGGCAACAUCCACCCCGAGACAACCAUUGAGGAGAUUUGCAACGUUGUGCGCGGAGGUCUUCUCCACCACAUCCGUUACAUCCCUGAUAAGCACAUAUGCUUCGUCACGUUCAUCGACCCCACGGCCGCCGCGUCUUUCUACGCUUUGAGCAACCUCCAGGGUUUGAUGAUUCACAACCGCAGGCUCAAGAUUGGUUGGGGCAAGCACUCUGGUGCUUUGCCGCCUGCCAUCGCUCUCGCUGUUAGUGGAGGAGCUUCUCGCAACGUCUACAUUGGUAACCUCGAUGAGACCUGGACCGAGGAGCGACUGAGACAGGACUUCUCCGAAUUUGGCGAGAUCGAGCUGGUCAACACCCUGAGAGAGAAGAGCUGCGCGUUUGUCAACUUUACCAACAUUGCCAAUGCUAUCAAGGCUAUUGAGGCGAUCCGCAGCAAGGACGAGUACAAGAAAUUCAAGGUCAACUUCGGCAAGGAUCGCUGCGGAAACGCUCCCCGUCAGCUCCAGCAACAGGCGCAGUCUCCUCGCACCGAUGGCGUUUCGUCGCCGCCGCCCAAUGGUUCCCAGAACUCUGGCUCUCCCACCAACGGCAACACCCCUCAGCAGUCAGCGACGAUGUUCGGUUCAAACAACCAUCCCCUUACGAUGUACCUGAACCACGUUUCCCAGCAAGCGCAGCACCAGCAACACCAGCAGCACCAGCAACUUGCUGUUCAGCAACAGGCCUUGUUUGGCACGGCCCAGUCAUCACCUAGCGAGCUGUCCAUCGACAUGCAAUCCCAGGGUCCCAUACCUGGCCACCAACAGUCGGCCAGCAUCUCGAACGGCUACCCUCAGAGUGCCUCUGGUCCCGGACCCACUACCAUCGGUGGUCUUCUGGCUCCUGGCAACGGUCGUGGUCAGCACAACCGCGCCGUCAGCUUGCCUGCCCUGAACCCUGGUUUUGAGAACGGCGGCGUCCCUUCUGGCCACGACGGUGAGCAGCAGCAGCGUCGUGGACACCAAUACCAGGCUAGCUUCGGCGGCAUGGGCGCUGGCUACGGUCUUGCCAUUCAAGGUGGUCUGAACGGCUGGGUCGAAGAGGAGGUUGCCAACUAG